AUGUUCUGUUAUCUUUGCGAAGUUGUAUGUAAGACUGGCACUGUGCAACUGGCACUCGUCAGUCCGAUAAAUUCAAGUUUCAAUUUGCUGACUAAAAAGUCUCAAGUUUCAUCGCCACCUCCAACUUAUUUAAAGAAUAAAAGUAUUUCCCAAUUGAAUAAAAUGUUGCGGAUUCGGUACGUGAUGCCGGCGGCGCACCUGACGCUGCGAGAAGAGGACGUGGUGCGACUGACCCUCGAGUUUCUUCACAGCCGUGACCUUCACAUCACUCAGCUCUCACUAGAACGGGAGACUGGCGUGAUAAAUGGUCAGUACAGCGAUGACGUUCUCUUCCUACGUCAGCUGAUUCUGGACGGACAAUGGGACGACGUGCUGGAAUUCAUCCAGCCGUUGGAGGCGCUUCCAGAUUUCGACAUGAAGAAGUUCACCUACUCGAUCCUGCGUCACAAGUACGUCGAGCUGCUCUGCAUAAAGUCCGAGGCGAACAUCAUCGCCGGUGCCAAUGGGAGCGUUGACAAUGCCGUCGAGGAGGUCGUUAAAGUCCUCAGCGACCUGGAGAAAGUAGCGCCUUCCAAAGAAGAGUACAGCAGCCUUUGCCUGCUGCUCACGCUCCCGCGGUUAACAGAUCACUUGCAGUACAAAGAUUGGAAUCCGAGCAAUGCUAGAGUUCAGUGCUUCAGGGAAGUCCACUUGUUGGUUGAAAAAUUCUUACCUGGUGAUCGCAAGUCUGAUCCAAGUCAUCCCGUUGCUUCGGCUAAAAAUGACCGGCUUAUUCAAUUAAUCAUCAAGGGCAUUCUUUAUGAGUCGUGUGUUAAUUAUUGUCAAGCUAAGGCUACUGGAUCUAAGGAGAGUGAACAGGUUGAGAUGAGUUUCUCGCGAUUGCUAGACGGGUCAGUAGGGUUCAGCGAUUCGGAUUUAAGUUUGCUAUCUUGGCUCCAAAGUAUUCCGCCAGAAACGUUUGCGGUUCCGUUUGCCCAGAGGACAUUGAACGUGGACGUAGAAAGACUGGAGAGACCAUCCUUGGAGACCUCGUGGACUGAGCACAUGCUGAUAACGCCAAUAAAGCCAAAGACCUUCCCACACAGCGCGAUGCCAUUUACCAGGCCGCGUUCUGCUGCUGAUAUGAUGUCAAGAAGUCUUGUACCAGCUCUAGAAGCCGGUUUGGGACCUCGCAGCCCAGGGCCUAAAAAUACAACUCUGCCGUCAGCAGCACUAAUGGCGUUGUCAACCGGUGACAUAAAUCCUAUGUCUCGAUCAUCCUUCGCUAGUUUUCACUUAACCGGGUUCAAAAAUAACAAAAUAAUGAACACCAGCGUCGACAGGCUUUUUGAAAACGAAGGUGACGUCUUUCUCAGCUCGAGUUACGCCGAGUUCCAGCAGCAGCUACCGUCAAUCCAGGAAACCAUCGCUAAUGCGCAGGCGAACACAGCUGCGAGAGCACGACACAAAACAAAUCCCUCGUCAGCAUCUACUCCAGAAAGACGUCUACCAGGUCGUGAAUCACCCGCAUUGUCUACCGCAAGAAGCUCACGACGCGAUUCUUUGGCUGACAAACCAACUGGCGUUGCUGCUAAAAUACCAGAGCCUACUGUGAUACCCGCACGCGGUGUUAUUGCCGGUGAUAAUCUUGAUCAAAGCUACAAUGGUGAUUUAUUUAAAGAGUAUCAAAAACAAAAACAGAAGUUACAAGAAACAAUUCAACAAAAGGAACGUGAGCGUGAUGAACUUGUUAGACAAUUAUCUGCUCCUAUUUCUGCUCAGUUGGUUGACAAUAGACUUCAAAAUGAAACGUAAGUAUUUUUAUUAUUUAUUAAUCUAUUUACUUCUUAAGAAAUCCGAUUGCUGACUCCAAUUAAAAAAGGAUAAAUUUUAUUAAAUGAUGAAAUUUUUAAAGUUAAUUAAUUA